GUUACGUGCCCCACGGGAACCCAGCCGCCCCGCGGGGGAUGGUGGGACGCGGCUGCCGGGCUGAGGCGAUCGAGUUGGAUUUAAAGGGACCGGCCUGGCUGCGCUGAGGGGACGGUCGGAGCCAGCGGGCCCCGCCGAGUGCGGGGUACCUGCCUGCUUUGAUGAGCAGGGUAUUCAGAUCUGCAUGCUAUGCAUAGAGAGAGGUUUGGUGGAAGGUGGCCUCCCUCUGGAAGGGACUCUGGACUCUUGUUAACUGCUGGAGCAGCUGCAACUCUCUGGGUGGGCGUGUAGGUGAAGGACUAUGUCCACAAUGGUGUACCCAAGGGAGGAGAAGCUGGACAAGCUGAGCCAGGAGGAGAUCAUCUGCAACACCAAGCUGGUGAUGCAGGGGCUGGAGGCCCUCAAGAACGAGCACAACUCCAUCCUGCACAGCCUGCUGGAGACCAUCAAGUGUCUGAAGAAGGAUGAGGAGGCCAACCUGGUGCAUGAGAAAUCCAAUCUGCUUCGCAAGUCGGUGGAGAUGAUUGAGCUGGGGCUUGGGGAGGCUCAGGUGAUGAUGGCUCUGUCCAGCCACCUGAAUGCUGUGGAGUCAGAGAAGCAGAAGCUGCGUGCCCAGGUGCGGAGACUGUGCCAGGAGAACCAGUGGCUGCGAGAUGAGCUGGCCAACACCCAGCAGAAGCUGCAGCGCAGUGAGCAGACAGUGGCCCAGCUGGAGGAGGAGAAGAAGCACCUGGAGUUCAUGAACCAGCUGAAGAAAUACGAUGAGGACAUCUCACCAUCGGAGGAGAAGGAAGGGGACUCCACAAAGGACUCCCUGGAUGAUCUGUUCCCGAACGAAGAAGAGGAACAUGGCCCAGGAAUGCCCCACCAGCACAGCAGUGCGGCGGCAGCUGCCCAGCAGGGUGGCUACGAGAUCCCAGCACGCCUGCGCACCCUCCACAACCUGGUGAUCCAGUACGCCUCGCAGGGGCGCUACGAGGUAGCUGUGCCGCUCUGCAAGCAGGCACUGGAGGACCUGGAGAAGACAUCAGGCCACGACCACCCCGAUGUGGCCACCAUGCUCAACAUCCUGGCGCUGGUGUACAGGGAUCAGAAUAAAUACAAAGAGGCAGCCCAUCUGCUGAACGACGCACUCUCCAUUCGCGAGAAGACGCUGGGGAAAGACCACCCUGCAGUGGCCGCGACCCUCAACAAUCUGGCUGUUCUUUAUGGCAAGAGAGGAAAGUACAAGGAGGCAGAGCCGCUGUGCAAGCGAGCCCUGGAGAUCCGCGAGAAGGUUCUAGGCAAAGACCAUCCAGACGUGGCCAAACAGCUGAACAACCUGGCACUGCUGUGCCAGAACCAGGGCAAGUACGAGGAGGUGGAGUACUACUACCGCCGGGCACUGGAGAUCUACGAGAGCCGCCUGGGCCAUGACGACCCCAAUGUAGCCAAAACCAAGAACAACUUGGCCUCCUGCUACCUGAAACAAGGCAAAUACAAGGAUGCUGAGGUGCUGUACAAGGAGAUCCUCACCCGCGCCCAUGUGAAGGAGUUUGGCUCUGUGGAUGAUGAGCACAAGCCGAUCUGGAUGCACGCGGAGGAGAGGGAGGAGAUGAGCAAGUGCUCUCCCUAGGACACGCUGGACAGCGGAAGAUGGCAGAAUGACAGCAUGUUUCUGUGCCAGAGACUUAGCUUCCAGCCCCAAAGGGCCUUGAAAGUCCAGCUCACUCCUGGGCUAGCCCAUAAGGCUGAUCAGGAGAAAGGGAACCUGAGAGGAGAGGCAGACAGGACUGGGAAGAGGCUGCAGUCUGCUGCCUCCAUCAUCUCCCCCAGAGAACCUUCUGCGGUGUGCUGCUGGAGCCAGAAUGGGACCUAAAGUUCUCCCUGGCACCCUGGUCCUUCCAGGCCAGCUCUGAGGGAGGGCAACGCAAAGCUUGCCGGCAUCUAGAGCCCCCGAGAGCACAGGGCCUUGGAGCCAGGCUGCCUUCCCGGGGCAGUGGGCAGCAGCCCUGGCUCUCUGGCGAAUGGGAAUUGACCCCGGCAGUUGUGAGAGAGAGGCAGGUGCACUCCUGAGAUGGACUGAGCUAAACAGACAUACGGAGCAGGUGUCCCUUCUUAUGCAGCAGGCAAGACGCAGGAGUCCACAGCACACCUGUCGCGCCCCCCCCCCCCUUGUGCAAAUGCAGCAGGGAGGCCUCUCUCAGGUCUCUCGUCUGUGUGCACAGACCCUGUACCAGGUUUGGCAGAGUCGUCAUCUAGGUGGCCAGGCUGGAGUUUGAGGGCUUGAGUAACUAACUCUGAAUGGUGCAGGUGCACGGCCCCUCUGAGAUCCCACCCUGUGUCUGGAAGCUGGCCCAGCUUCUAUCCUGCACAGCGCAAUCUAGUCUAGAUGUCUCUCUCUUGGCCUCUGUGCUCCCCAAGCUGCAAUCUCUUCACCACCCAGUGUAGUCCCUGUCGGAUGCUGAGGGCCUCUUGAGAAGCAGAGCCCCAUGCUGGACAGGGGGUGCUGCAGGGGGGCAGGACUGCAGAGACUAGCACAUAAGCUGUAAAGAAUCAUGGUGGCAGUGCCAGUGCUGCUCUAAGCUAGUUCGCCCCUUGGGUGCUCUGUGCUGCCUGCACCCACUGUUCCACCUAAGCAGGGUGGUGGCCCCUGGUCCAUGCUGCCAAGGGCCUGCUGGGUUGAUACCAGCAUUUAUUGUAAGCCACAGGUCCGCUGGCUGUGCCGAUAGCCUGGGCUAGACAAGGCCUCUGGGAAAGAGGAGGGAGUGACAUGGCAAUUGUCAAGGCAAGAUUUCUAGCCCCUGAUAGCAUUUGCGGGGUCUCCUCCAGUGGGGGUGUCAGCGGGGUGCCAGUUCUGAGCAGUGAGGAGUUAUCUGUGGAGGAGGGAGAGCCUUUUUGGUGCCAGCUGGGUUCUGUCGCUGAGGCCUUUUGUGGAUGGCUAAACCAAAUGUAGGGUUUGGAGCUAUUGUUGGAGCUUGUUAAUGUCUCCCGAAAGGAGGACUGGUGCCAACUCUUGACACUGGGGGCUGUGCUGAAUGUCAGCCUGUCUGUAAGCGCCUUUGGGAGCUGGUGAUGGAAAAGGUGGUGGUGAGGCAGCCUUGGCAUUGCCUGGAGGCCUGCUGCAACUUUUCCAUCCCUGCCCAUCUGUCCUAGCGCUGUGCAGGGCCUCGAGGUGAUCCAGCCAUGGAUGAAGGUCAGUUGACCGUGCUGAGCCCGUUAGGUCUGUUAGUUGCCUUUGAUGCCAUUGCCCAUACAGUUCUGUUGACUUCAUUGUGGCCCCUGACUGGGGUGACUGGGCUUGCUCCUGAGGGCUUCUGCACCUGGCGGCUUUGUCACCUAGGCUGAGGCCAGUGCUGUGCAGAGCUCCACAGGGUACUGCUGUGUCCCCCCUCACAUGUGCAGGUUUGGUUCUGGAGGUUGCAGCGUCACCUGCCCAGAUGGUGCAGGGUCAGUGCUCUCCCAGGGCUGGCUGGAGGCUCACCGCUGCUGGUGGUGUUUAAGGGGCAGAUCUCUGGAGAUUAACAGAUGACAUGUGGCCACCUCUUGUCAGUGGAGCUUGCUGCUCGGCUGCUUUCAGGGCAUGUUGCUAUGUGGAGGCCUGCCUGCGCUGCUAGCGUUGGUGUGUGGGAUUGCUGAUUGGAGCGGCUCCGUGUCCUGUUGCUUUCCCUGUGCAUCCAGAGCUCCAUGGCCAGGUACACGGUGAGCCCUGGCUCACUGGUUCAGAGCUGAGGAGCCUGCCAGGGUAUGUAAGGGGGUCUGGCGAGCCUGCAGCACCCUCCCUGUUUGCAUGUGCCAGGAGGCUCCAGGGAAGGCCCUUCCUUCAGAAAGGCAGCUCCCAUGGCCCCCUGCUCUCCAGGGGCCUUAGUGUUGCUCUGACAGAUGGGAGCAGCUCCCUUACCAGGGGGACUGGGAGGAGAGACCGCAGCUCAGGCUAGUAGACCACUCAGGUCUUUAGUCACCACCAUCCCUGCCUGAGGGCUCACAUCUGCUUACCCAUCUCUGGGCCCUGCCUCCCAGGCCUUGUGCGUGCUCCAUACGCACACACUCCCAGAGCCGAACUUCUGGCCUGGGGCGUACACCUUUAGCUUCGAGCUAGAGAAAUCUCCAUGUCCCCAUGGCUCUCCUGCUGCCAUCUCAGGACAAGACUCUGCCGCAAGGAGGUUCCACCAGGGUCCCUGAAACUGCCUUGGCCAGUGCGGGGCAAGGUGGCUUCUUAUGCCUGUACUGCCCCUUCCUGCUUCUAGCCCAGAGCAGCUCUGAGCUCCAGCUGGGAAGGAGUGGCUCCAGCACCCGGCUUUUCUGGGAGCUGCAUUUGAGUGGUGUGCUCU